AUGAGUCUCUUGAAGCCAAUGGAGACUGCACCGUGUCUUAUUAAAACUGUGGACUGGUGGACCUAUGAAUUCUGUUAUGGAUCUGUAAUCAAGCAGUAUCAUUUAGAAGAUCACAAAGCUUCAGGACCAAUUCUUAUUUUGGGAAAAUAUGAGUCUGAAUAUAACUGGAAAAACAGUUCUGAAACAAAGAAUAGACUGCAGAGGUUCCAUAGUCAGUUCUAUGUAAAUGGAACAAAGUGUGACCUUACAGGCGAGCCUAGAAGAACAGAAGUUCGAUUCCAUUGUGAGGAUGGUGUUGGUGACUAUAUCCAAAGAGUGGAUGAACCUGAAUCUUGUAGGUAUGUUGUUACUGUUGCUACAACAAGAGUUUGUCAUCAUCCUUACUUGCGUCUGCAAGCUGUAAGGACGCCGCAUGCCAUUACAUGUGCCCCAGCACUGACUGAAGAUCAAUAUAAUCGAUACCUUACUUAUCAAGACAAGAAAGCCAAGGAAGAAGAAUCAUUGAAGGAAAAAUGGCUGAAAAAGAAUGCCGAAAUUUUAGGCGAGGCAGAUCAUCAGGAAAGUCAGUCUAUAUUGAAGCCCAUUGUCAUAGAUGAAGAUGAAGAGUUAAAAAUGAACAUAAAAAUUUUCAAAUUGGCACCGUUGAAGAAAAACAAGAAUUCACAGUCGGCAGAAAUGAGGGAUGUUAUGGAGGUUGAAACUCAGAUCACCCUUGAAGAAAAUGAUCCACAACUGAAAGUAGAAGACCUGAAGCUGUCAACAGAGACAGAGAAGUCAGCAGAAAACCUUGAAAAUGCUCAGAAUAUCUUGAAUGACCCAGAUGAUAUUAUGGAGGCAUCAGAUUCUGAUGGAGACUUAGAAAACAUGAUUGACGAUAGUGAAGUUAUUGAUAAAGAUGGGGAAGAGCUUAUAUCAGAUACACAGACUCAAGACCUGCUUCAUUUGUUAGAUAGUGAAGAUUCAUAUUUGAAAGAAGGUGAUGAGUUGGAGGAGAUAGAUGAUGAUGAAGAGGAUGAUGACAGUGAAGAUGAGGAAGAUGACUUAGAAGAUGGGGAUGAACGGAUAUUGGAAACCUUGCCUCAGGCCUCAAAAUCAACAAGUAAAGAUCACUUUUCUAAUCUUCAUCAGAAGUUGAAACAACUUGGAGAGAAGUUUCUAAAGCCUGAGGAGAGGAAAGAAGUGGAUGAUGGAAUGAUUGAGGAGAUUAAUCACAUGGUUAACAACAUGAAGGAAGGCCAAAUUAAGCAGCUAGAGAAAGAAGUCAAGGAAUGGACUAGGAAGUUGAUGAGAAAGGAUGUUGACCAUGAAAUGGAUGAUGAAGAGUUAGAAGAGGAAGAACAAAAGUUUGAAACUGCUUUUUCAUCUUUUAUGGAUGCAUUGGAUAAAGCAGAGAAUAAGCUGUCUUCUGCAAAGAAGGAAAUGGAAACUUUAGAAAAGCUUUUGGAUAAUCAACUGAAAGAAAUGGAAAUCCUGAAACUCUUUGAAAAUGAAAAUUCUGACCCAGAAGAUUCUUCUAAAAUUGAUGAAGAAAGUGAUUCCUUGGAUACUCAAGAGAAAGCAUCAGAAAUUGCCCAGGAUGAUGAAGAUCAUAGCAGUAAAUCUCCAAAGAAAAAAUCUGGUGACCUGACAUUCCCGUCCUUGAGGUCACGACUUAGAAGUUUGAGAAUGAAAAAUAGUUACCUACCAUAUAAUAGAUUGAGAUUGAAGCACAGGUUUCUACCUAGACGGCAUUUGGGUAGUGGAAGUACAAAACAGUUACGCAUAAUGAAAAAUAAAUUGGAUGAUGAAUCUCAAAAGUCAAAGCUAGAGCAGACAAUAAAGGACCGUCUUCAGAAGUUAGGCUUGGAGAAGAUAAGCCGAAAGUUUGAAGUGAAAAUUCUGACUCCAAAUUCCCUAGAAGAUGACGAUACCAGUAGUUCACUACUUUCACAAGAAGAAACGGAAGCAUUUCAGAAUAUGAUAGUUAAUCUUCUGAGUGCAAAUGCAGAGGAACUAGAGGAGAGAGAGAAUCAUAGGAAACUUGAAAAGAAUUAUGGUUUUAAAUGGGAUGACAGUCACUUGGCGGAUGAAGAAGAAGAAUGAGCACAGUAACCUUAGAACAGAUGUAAAUCCUGGGUUUGUAAGCUUUUAUCUGUGCAUAAUCGAAAAGACAUCUCGGCUCCUUUAUUGUUUUGCAUAAUCUUUUCUUUUAUCCAGAGACAAAAGGUUUUGAUUAGCAAUAUGAAAAUGGUAGACUUGUGGAAAUAAUUAUUAUCCACCAACAGCAUACAGUACUACUUACGAAAGGGCUAAAUUAAUUUUGUAUUAACUUAAAAUGACUAGAUUACUUCAUGUAUUAACUGCUUAGGUAAAAUACACAACUUUGGAGAACUGGAUUUUUUCUUUUAAAAGUAUAAUUAACAAGAAAGUUUUGUUCCAUAUUUGGAAUGAUCAGAGCAUAGUUUCUUGAACUGCAAUUUUUAUUUAUUUUUCCAGAUAUCAUGCUAUGUUUUUCUAGAUGCAUUGAAAGGCUAGUAGUAUUAUGAAUGAAUGUUUAUUUUAUAUACUCUGCUGUUGUUUUUGUCUUGUUGCUACUAAAUGUUGAAAGAUUUUGCUCAAAAAUUUCUAGCAAAAAAAAUGUCAGUAGACUGUUCAUAGCAUUUAGAUUUAUAAACAAUGGUUAAAUUAACCAAGUAUUUAAAUUAAUGAUUUUUUUAUUUUUCUAUAUAAGCUUUAGAAAAUACUGUUAUUUGAUUUCCUCAGGUAAGAACUGUAAUCCCUAAACUUAUUUGUAUAUAAUUUACAGAUGCAAAAACUAAAGGACAAUGAUCUUGAUAGCUUAUUCUUUCAUUUUUCAUUUUAGGGAAAUGUUCUUUACUACUGUCUGCUGAUGCUGAUAAAUAUCAUUACAUACAUUGUAUAACUUCUGUAUUAUCAACGUCUGUAUUUAUUAGCAUUUUACAUAAACUAUAAAACAGUACAAUGGAAGUUCAAUAGUCUGGAUGGAUUUGAGACUUCAGAUUUGUAUUUUCAAGGGCCUUCAUACACUAAAAUUUUAGGGACAUAUUACAAUAAAAAAAAAAUUUUGAAUGACAUAGAAAAGCACUUACAUGUUUAAAAUGGAGUUCUGUAAUAUAUUCUAAUAAAUAUACAGUGAAACCUCAUUUUAACAGACUAAUAGGGGGAAGGUCGUCCAUUGAAGUGAAGCAUUUUUUGUUUUUGUUUUUUGUGCCCGACAUACGUGAUAAGAUUUACUUCAUGAAAUAAACCGAAAUAAAGGUAGUAAAACCAUUUUCACCUUAUAGGCUGCAACCUGGUUACCGGCAAGGUUCUGUUCCUGGGGGCUUGACGGUAACCGAAAAUUGGCAGUAACUGAAAUUCAAAAGUCUACAGGCACCACAAGCCACUUUACGGUGCCCUAGAAUGGUUAAUGAUGCCUUAGACAGUGUCAUAGCCAGAUAUUUUACCCUAAUGUGUAAUAACUUCAAUAAAAAUUGGGAAUUUCAUUUGCCUAAUCCUUUACAAAUUAUUAAUAGACAUAAAUUUUCAUCUCCAUUUAUAUUGUCUUCCUCUUCUUAGUGGCACUUCCUAACCUCUUUUCCUCCAUCUCUUUAUUUAUCAUCUCUUCUAAUUACCUAAGUUAAAAAAUAAAAGAGAAUGAUAAAAGUAUCAUUAGUAAAUGUUGCUUAAAUGUGUACCGCCAUAAACAACUGAACAAAAAGUUGUUUUGCUCCAAACAAUCAAAUCGGAUAGCAACACUUUUGUUUGCAUUUCAACCAUCCAUUGUAAAAUAGUAAAAUAUUACUUUAGUUAUGUUACAAAUGAUGUUAAGUAGAAUCAGACUGAUAGAUUUUUACAUUAUACCUUUAUUCGUUAUGGAGACACUAUCAGCAAGGAAAUAUAGUACAGUAGACCCCCGUAUUCGCAGGGGAUAGGUACCAGACCCCUCACCCCCCAAAUAGCUUAAAUCAGUGAAUAUUUAAAACCCCUCGAAAAACACUUAGAACUGCCUAUUUUGAUAGCUUCAAAGAAAAAAAAUGCUUGUACUGAUGGGCGUUCUUGGGUUUGAUGAGAGACGGUGAAUGUCAUAGAUGUCUCUCGAAGCCUUAGUCACAACCUUGGAAAGCACAGGUUCGACUGAAGGGACGACUACCCGGAGGCAGACCCCGCCAACCUCCCUUGGACCUCCAGUAUACCUCCUCCCUGAUUUAGUGGAGUCUGGCAGUGACCUCUGCCUAGAAGCGUCGGCGGGCCAAGCAGCCACCUCUUCCACUAACACUUCACUAUCAUUUUUAUUUGGUUUACUCAUCAAGAAGCCCACUGACUCACCUAGUUGAGUAACAGUAGACACCAUCUAUCCAAACUUCUUGUCAAUCCCUCUUCUAGAUUACUAAUGUGAUCUGUCUCUGUCUCCAAUGAUCGUGAUUCCAGCACAGGCAGCGAAUGCAGAAUCUGCAUAUCUAAUGCACUGGCAAUACAUGAAGCAACAAUAGAUCCUUCCACAUUCACCUUUUUGGGGAUCAAAGUUACCUUACUUAACUCUCUAACAGCAGCCUUCCUCUUCCAGUCCCUUUCAAGUUUAUAUGAAGCUUUAGUCAUUCUAGUACUGCAGCCUUUAUUGCAAUACCUAUAACUACUAGAACUAGAAUCUGACAUAAUGAAUUAAAUACAAAACAAUAAUAGUAAGUAUAAACCACUCUUGAAGUAAACUAACCAACAUUAGGUGGCAAACCGAAUACAGUAUUGCCAAACAAACAAACAAUCAGCAAUUCUCAAUGAGAGAGGCCAGAUGAACAGCUAAAAGACCAAAAAAUAGACACCAAUUAACCCCAUUUAACAAAAACCACAACAAUUUGAUGCAAAAUAAUAAACAAAUAAAGGCUAUAAGCCUAAAUACUACACUGCAGCAAAAAAAUCAAUAUAGUAAGCUUUGAUGGGAAAACACACAGUUCUCCUACCACGUGAUAGUCCUAGGACGGCAGAAACAAAAUUGAGGUAUUCUCAUUUAGUAGUUCCUCUUCUCACCAGGUAGUGGGAGGAGCCUGGUCACCUACCAAAUACCGGAAGAAGUUUUUGACAAAUUCUCGGGAAUUCAAGCUGCUCUAAGAGUAGAAACUACAGCUAUAUAAUUACUGGAUAAGUUACACUGGUAAAAUAAUAUUUUAGAACAAUUCAGUCAUGCAAAUGAUAAAUAACGUACCUUAUCGUAUUGUUGGGGUUUGUGGUGGCGUUGAAACAAACAAAACAGUGUUUCCCUUUCAGGCUGUGUGUAGGAAAAACAUGAUAUAGAAUUGGCUGUUAUUUUGUUUAUUUUGAAUUUCUAAGAAUUAUAUAGUAAGUAAAACAGCAUUUGUAAUAAUAAUAUCUUUAUGUAACCAAUUUUUCAUAAGACACCUGUUCUUGCAAAAGCUGGCCUACAGAUUGUUUUGUAAUUUACAGUUGUCUUGGGCUAUACUACCCUUUACCCUUGGCUGGAUGUUGUCUGUUAAAUCUGAUGUCUGUUGGUUCCGGGUCCGUUAAAACGAGGUUUUACUGUGCAUUUAAAAUUGGUUGCUUUUAAUGUAAGCAGUGUAAGACCAAAUGGAAAAAAAGUAAGUAAUAGUUAGAACAAGGCAGAGGAGCUAUAUCAUCCCUUCUCUCCCACAAAGAGUGAUGUGAGAGAGAGCCUGUCUCUCCCUUAGUCAGGAACAUCUCUCCUCUCUAGAUAGUUAUGGUCUCACCAAUCCCCCAAAAUCCCUCAAAGAAUGAGGUGCAGAGGGGUAAGGAGCCUCUCCCACACCAUCUUGGAACCAGGCAAGUGGAUAGAAGAGGAGCUCUCCUGUGUUCACUGGAGCAUGCAUGAGAGUAAUGUCUACACAAUGAUCAAUGUCUAAAAGGUCUACUAACAUGAUAAUGCUACCUGGUUUGAGAUGAUCUGUGUGAAUAACAAGUCUCAUGAGGUGGAAGAUGAAGAGGAAGAUCCACUUUUCCUGUUACAGUAUCACAAAGCACACUAGACAACUGAUGGCAACAACUCAUAGCAGUGGUUCUUAACAUUUUUUGGCAAUGACCCAAAAUCUUGUCCAAAUUAACCCUGGAGACCCAAGCCCUCAUAAACAUUUUCUUUUAAUAUAUAAUUGUGGUUAUGAAAAGUGUUACAGAAACAAAAGUUACGUGUGGAGGUCUUAUUAAUGUAAGUAGCCAUCUGCAUAACAAUUUAUCCAAGAGAAAGAAACAAUACAUUUACUAACAUAUAGAAAACCAAGAUGUUUUUGUUUCGUGACAUAAAAUUAAAUGUAUAAUUAUGCUAUGAUUUACCGCUGAGAGGAAGUAAAGCAAAAUUAUUCAUACAAGCCUCCUUAACAUGUAGAAGCUGCUAUUUAAAUCAAUGAGAACUUUGACACUAGAUUGUUUUGACCAGCUCCUCAGAUCUGGGAGAUAUCACAAAUUCAUAGUAAUUUGUAUUUUUCUUAGCUAUACUUACCUCGAACUACUUAAUAGGAGAGACCUGGAUGUCAAUCCAGUACUGACCAGAAAGGGGAAACAUUGAAAUGGUUUGGCACCCCAACUUUGGGUAGCGACCCUGGGAUUAAGAACCACCCACUUAGAAGAAAGUACUAAAAAAAAUAAGCUUGCCUAGAGGAUAAUCAGCAAGAACAACUACUAUACGCAACUGUUCAUGCUGUCCCAUAAUUGCUGACAUUGUGCAAGUCACAGGUUCCACAUAUGUUAUUAAGAAGUGGAACUACCAACACAAACACUUUGAGAGAUUACAUUUCUUUGAUGAUGUUCUCCAUCAAACUACAAAGAAAGGCAAAAAAGGGCAUGCUACCUGGAAAAUUCAGUUGAGGGUAAAUUUUAAAUAUCUUGGAUGGGGGAAGAGAGUUAACCCUUGGCUCUCAAAAAGUACUCUCGGUUGGUGGUCAAGGAAGAGAGUUUCCAUCCGGGUCUGCCAUCUUCACCAGUGGAAUAAAACACAGAUGAAGGUGGCAAAUGCCUCUUGUUCUUAAUUUUUUGCCUGCUAAACCUUUCCAACUGUGAAGAAGCCCAAUAUGCUUUCGUUAACUCAACAAUGAGAAAAAAAACUUAAAACCUUGGUUCUAAAGAUGACCCUCAUAUCUACAUUGCUUUUGUUUAUUUUCCAUGAAAAAAACCACAGCAACCCAGACAACAGUACAAAACAAAAUACUAAUAUGGAGCAAAAAAAAAUUUUUUUAAUAAAUGGAAUGUAAACUCGGCUAAGUUCAUCCAAGGGCAGUGUAAUUUCACACAACAUGGUUGAAAGAUAAAAUGAAGCUUUAGAUAUUACGUGGUUUGCUGUACAGUACCCCUGCUCACUCACUAGCAGCACCAACUAGCUAACUUUGUAACUACAUCCAUUCAGCUACACAUGGAAGGUACUCUCCACAUAAAUGGCGUUUGUUUAUAUCUACCCAAGAAAUAAAUUUUUUUUAAAUGACAAGCAGUAUUAGAUGCUUAAAAACACAUAUAAUUCUUUAUUAUAGUGAUAAUUUUUAAACAAUUCGUGCACUGAAAUUAAAUACACUGGUAAACAAUAGUAAGACAAAAAAAAAAAAUACUGUUAAGUGCUUACUAUUACUGAAAAAAAAAUGUGGGAAAACAACAAACUGCAAAGCAGUCAUGUAACAAAUACGUACACUUGUAUAUCGGGUAGAUUAACACACCAACAUGUGAACCUCAACUUAACAGACUUUUGUUCUAAUCAACUAUAUUAUUGUUAUUUUUUGCUUGGCUACCAUUUUUCAAUUUGUCUCUUAAACUGAAUGUUAAGGGUCAAGUACGGGUACGGGUUAGUUUAGGUUAGGAACUAUGUAAGUGGAAUUAAGGUUAGUUGUAGGAUAUCUAGAAAAUAUUAAAAUGCAUGUUGAGCACUGUAAAAUGAGCAUUGUUAUCUAUUAUACACGUGGUACUGUAUUGUAAAAUGAGCACAGUUACCUAUUCAAAUUAAAACCAAAAGUGCAAUUUAUAAUAAUAUGUAAAUACUGUGAAAUAUAAAAACACUAUAAACUGCUAAAUCAUGUACAGAAAGUGAAACUUCUUAUGCAUAUUAAAACACCUGAAUUUUCCCAGUUUUAAAAAACAAAUAUGAAUUUAAAUCAAAACUGAAAUUUUUACAAUUUACAAGUUUUUACAUUGUGAUUGCAUGAUGCUGUUCUAAUAACACAACAAUUUUCUGAUAAAUCAUUACACGUGCUUAUAUACACCAGCACAAAUUUACUUUAAAUUUGGAACCCAAACUGAAAUGAAGUAGGAGAGUACGUCAGAUGUGUAACAGAACAUGAAAAGCACAUUGCAUAUGAGAUUAUUUUUAAUAGUCUGCAUGAUACAUUUUAUGAUAAAUCAUUCUUUGUGUUGCCAUUAUGUGUCUUGUACAUAAAGGUACGUUGUUUUAACUUAUGAUCUCAAAUAACGUUAUGUAAAUUGGUGCAUUCCAAUGCCUAAACUUUUGGUAAGGAAACUACGGUAUAUCAAAGAUUAAUGUACCCAUUUGUAUGACUAAAGCAUUUCUAUGUUUUGUAACACUUUGUAUGAAUUUAUGCUUAGCGUAUCCUUGGCUGUAUGAAUUUUGUGUAGCCUAUAUAAGCUAAUUUGUAAACACUUUUUAACUUGUAAAGACAUUUUUAGAAGGCAAAACCAUUUAUUCAAAUUGGGUCCACCUCCCUCUCUCUAAUUAUUUUGGGUAACUGAACUUCCAAUGUAACUGCAUUACAGUAAUGUACGUACUUAAUUUAUCCCUGAAAUAUUGUAUCAAUAGUGAUGUCAUAAAUAGUACUGUUAUUUCAAGAUAUCUUACCACUGAAAUUUGCAACAGCAUCUUGACAAUUCUGAUCAUCAAUAAUAAAAAAUAAAAGGUUUAAUAAGAUUUUUCAUACCAGAGAUGAUUUUGUAAUUCAGAUAUUGUAAAUUUUAUUUUAUUUAAAAUGGCAACUUGAACCAUCACUGUAUUUUGUGUUGAGUGUGGAUAGCUACUAAAUACUAAACAUAUUUGCAUGUUUACAGAGUACCUUUGUCGUCUUAAGAACUGCAGACUGUAAAAGUUGUGGGAAGAGGUAAUGAUGAAAAUAUAAACCUCAGUUAUUGCACCAUUGUGGUUCUUAAAAAUACUAGUCAUUAUCAUAAUUCUUAAUAUUUUUAGUAAAUUCAUUUGUAGCCAACACUUUCAACCAUGAAUCUUUCCUUUAUCACCAACUGUUAGAGAUGUGAAUCUAGAACAUUUUACUACAAUAUGUACACGUAUCUCUGAAAUCUAUUCCCUGUUAAAAGAGGAUCUUCUGAAAGUAUAUAUUAUAUGUUGCAGUUUCUUAU